GGAAAUCUAACAUCCAGCGAGUCGAAUGCUUGAUACCUUACCCUUUGACAUAAACUGGCCUACUUGUGAUAACUUUUUAAAUACGAAUGCUCGCAAGAACAGCUCCUCGAAUUGCGCUGGGAUCCGUCAGUCAACGCCUUCCAUUUUCACGGCUGUCGCAGUCCGUCCGUAUGGGUUCACAAACGCCUGAUGUCAAGCCUGUAGGGGCAACCUACAGCCCUCAGUACAUCGAUAUUGGAAUCAACCUGGCAGAUCCCAUCUUCCGGGGCAAGCAGCACGGCAAGCAACGACACCCCGAUGACCUGGCAGGCGUCAUCGACCGCGCAAAACAAGUGGGCUGCGUGAAACUCCUGGUCACAGGAUCAGACUUCAAGAGCUGCCGUGAUGCGCUCAAAUUAGCAGAGGAGUUCCCUGGCACGGUGUAUGCCACCGCAGGGAUUCACCCAUGCAGCUCUUCAAUCUUCUCCUCAAAGCAGCCUCACGCCAAUGCCACCUCUGAGCAUUCCACUCCUUGUGAUCCAGACCCUAACGCACCUGUGCCGGAAGACGAACAGCCAUGUCCGGAGAAGUCUGCCAACAUCAUUGCUGACCUGACUACCCUGCUCGCCGAGGCACGAAGUGAGGGAAAGCAACACCUCGUGGCAUUUGGCGAAUUCGGCCUUGACUAUGAUCGGCUGCAUUACUGCUCUCGUACGGUGCAACUGCACUCCUUUGCGGCACAGCUCAAAGUUGCCGCGUCGUUGGAACCCCAGCUGCCCCUGUUUUUGCACUCGCGUGCCGCACACGAGGACUUUGUCCGGCUGUUGAAGGAGGCCUUUGGCCCCAAGCUUGAGAAACUGGAAAAGGGUGGCGUGGUUCACUCCUUCACUGGCACGGCCGAGGAAAUGCGCGAGCUGAUGGACCUGGGCCUUUACAUUGGCAUUAACGGAUGCAGCUUCAAAACCAAGGAGAACUGUGACGUCGUGAGCGAGGUCCAUCUCGACCGCCUCAUGCUGGAGACAGACGGCCCAUGGUGUGAGGUUCGGCCAAGUCAUGAGGGGUACAAAUAUCUCAUCGAGAAGAAGGAGCCGGUCGAGAACGGGUCGGGGCCCGCGCCGGAGAAGCAACAGCAGCAAAAGUCCAAGAAGAACCAAAAGAAGGAAUCGGAAAUCUUCGAGCGCUUCAAGACGGUCAAGAAAGAGAAGUGGGAAGAGGGCGCCAUGGUCAAAGGCCGGAAUGAGCCAUGCAACAUUGAGCGCGUUGCCAAGAUCGUCGCGGGGAUCAAAGAUGUACCCGUGGAGGACGUAUGCGAGGCCGCUUGGAGGAAUACAGUCAAAUUGUUCGAUGUAUUAGAAUCGCCUUGAUGGCCAGCAACAGCAUGAAAGACAUGGGUAUCAUAGAAGCAUACAUACGUAGACCUGGGC